AUGCUACCAUUACUUGCAUUCCGCACAGCAUACAAUGCAGAUGAUGAUAACAUCGGGCUCCCAAUACCAACAAAGUUAGGACUCUUACGUAUUGGCAUUGAUAGAAACUCAGCCGAAGAGUCUGAUGACGAUAAUUGGCAUCUUGACUUUUCAAAAAGCGAUGCAUUUAAACACUUCGCCAUUGAUUACCAUAGCAAUGAUGAAGAAGAUGAUGACAACUGGUAUGUUGGCCUUUCAUACCAUUCACCAUGGGGUAAAUUCUCCAUUGGAUACCAUAGCAACGACGAAGAAGACGACGAAAACAUAAGAAUUUGGGCAGACUUAGCCACAAAGAUUGGCCGCUUUGGAUUCGAGUACCAUAAUGCCGCCGAAGAAGACGACGACAACAUCCACUGGACAUGGGGCCCAGUCGACUUCGAUCUCGAGCUCAAUGAAGACAAGAAGGUCAGAGCUAAGAAGCCUGUCCGCAUUAACAAAGAGUUAUUGAAGCGCUGGAUAAUGAAGCAUGGCCGCCGUUCAUUCCCACGCAUGUACAAGAAGCAUGCUUUACCAAAGUUCGCUGCUAAGAAACUUGUAACUCCAAAGACAAAUGGAUGGAUUAAUCCACCAUGGUUCGAAAACUGGGCAAGAGCUUAUUUGCCAAUAUUUAAAUAUUUAUAA